CAUUUCAUUCCCAGGUGGUUUUUACACAGCUCAACAACCUUGGAAUCGUUAUGCGUAUUUCUGGUUUGAUUUGUUAACAGUGUUAAUCUCAUAUUUUACAUUGAAUUUGAUGUUUUUGAAUUUGGAAAUUUUUAUGACACCAAUGGUUCAACAAAAGGAUAAAAUUUUUUAUCAUAAUUUCACGAAAUUUGAUAUUAUGAAAGAAGAAUUUGAAUUAUUCAGUUAUGUACAACCAGCCAAUUGUAAAGAAUGGAAUUGCAUGAUUAGAUUGAACGAAAUUGAGACAACUCUUUUUUAUUUAAUCACAACUGUUUCAUUUAUUGGUCAUGUUACAUUGCAUGUAUUAUAUAUUUGUGGACGGUUUGCCGGGUACAAUGAAUUUUUGAAAACUUUGCAAAAUUAUCGUGAAACAAUGCCGAUGCAGGAGAUUGAAGAUAUGUACACUCAAGAAACGUCUUUGUCUAUAGGUCAUAUUACACGAAGUAAUACUUCUAUAACUCAUGAAAUGUUUAAUAUGACAAGUUAUGAUGCGUCAAAUCCAUCAUUAAAUUAUGAGGAAUUAACUACAAAUAGUGAUAAAAAAUUCCAGAACGACAUUUAUUUUAAAGAUAAUAUAGAAAAUUUUACUCAUGUCACACCUUCAGUUAAUGAAGAUGCUACAGCUAGUCAGUUGUUAGAAUUAUUAAGGGAAAAAACUCAUUCUACAAUUGAUGAUGAUGAUGAUUUAUUUUCCACCCAACUUACUACUGGUAACCAAUAUCAAAAAGAAUAUACGACAAAUACCAGCAGUCAAGACUCAAAUGCUGCUAUUUCCGAAGAUGAUUUACCUCAGAGUUCAAAAGAAUAUUUGGGAGGGCAUUACGUUGAAAAAGUAUUGAUUUGGUCUGCAGCUCAGAGAUGGGAGGCGAAGCAGCGUGCACAUUGGCAUUGGAUUCAUACUAUUGGAACAGGAUUUGAUAUUUUGGUUCAUAUGGUAUUUGUUAUGUGGCAUGUAAAGGUUUUAAAUAAUUUGUGA